AUGCGUUAUUCUAUUGCUGCCUCCAUCGCUUGCCUGCUAGCUCUGACCCAGGCGGCGCCCACUUCCAACGAACUCGUCGCUCGCAAGAGUGUCAACGACUGCCAGGAUAGCACCUUCGUUGAUCAGGGUAGUGAAGGCUCCCCCGAUAUUUCCGAUUGCCAACAUAUUGUUGAGAACAUCAGAGGGGGCGGAACCUGGAAGGUGUCCCAAAUUGGCGCACAUUACACCCUGGUCAAUUUUGGCACCUGCGCGUUUGGUGCAGAGGGCAACGCCGCAAACACCGCAUAUAUGGGAAAUCAGGAUAUCAUGGAUAUCAUUAACGAGUCUAUUGCAAAGUUUGGUAGGCCUGAUGGCAAAGUCGGGGCCAAGGGGAGGGUGGAUUGCAAGAGUGACCGCGGUGGAAUGGGUGUUGGCCGCCUUGAUUGGGGGAUCUUCCACACAUAA